GUAAACUCAUGUUUUAGUAUCAUUGAUGGAUAUUUCUAAUAAACAGUGUCUAUUUGUGAUAUCAGGAGAACAUAAUAACUCUAAAAAAAAAAAAAAACACAGAGAAAAACUGAUUUCAUCACUUCAUAUAUUUUUCUAUAACAUAACGUACAGCAUAUGGUCUUAGGCAAAAGAUGCAGCAACCAAAAUAAUAUAAUAUUAUAUUUGAGAAACUCAAUUUGGCUUUGUCUACUACAAUUAACAAUGUCAAAUUCUACUACUUGCAAUUUCAAUUUCAGAUAUGCAGCCUUUGUGGACUUUCAAGUUCCUUGUUGCAGCAAUUCAAACAUUACGGAAAUGGAUGCUUCGAAGUCCUCUGGAAAAAGAAAGCAACUGUCCUCCAUCCCUUCUUACAUCAAGAAAUGGGAGGAAAUGUCUGUGAGGCGCAGGAAGGUGAAACAAGCAUUGGAGAUGUUUUGCAACCUGCAUCACGAGCUAAUGGUUCAAUAUGAAGCAAGUCAACUUGGGAAUUUUAAAUCCAAAUCAGAACUUCUGAUUCGUACAGCAAUGUGCAUGAAAAGAGAUAACCAAUGGGAGAACACUCAGAAGCGCGUUGGACAUGUAUUAGGAAUUGAAGUUGGUGACCAGUUUCGAUAUAGGGUUGAACUCAAUAUUAUUGGUCUCCACAAGCAGUUUUCCAAUGGUAUCGAUUACAUGGGAAGAGGUAGAAACUCGUUGGCAACAAGCAUUGUUGUCACUAAUCGCUACAGCAAUAUAAGAAAAUCUAGAGAUACCUUGGUUUACAUUGGUCAUGGAGGAAAUCCUAACAAUACAUGGUAUAGUGUUUCAGCUUGUGAUCAAAAGUUGUCACAAGGAAACUUGGCCCUCAAAAAUAGCAUGCAUGCUAAAUGUCCGGUGCGAGUUAUACUAAAGGUUAGGGAAAAAUCUGAUGGAGUGGAGUAUUGCAGUAGCCGCAGGUCUCAUUGCUUAUUUGUUUACGAUGGCCUGUAUUUAGUCACUAAUAUGACACAUGAAAAAGGGACACACAGAAAUUUUGUGUUCAAGUUUACACUGAAUAGAAUUUUAGAGCAACCUCAAUCUUGUGUUGCCCUGAAGGAUGAUGUUACUGGCAAUGCUGACAACUCAAAGAACUUUGAAAGUUUUACUUCAAGGAAGAGACACAAAUCUGGAGGUAGUGCAGUUCAGAAGAAUGUUAUUCGAGUUAGUGAUAUUUCCAAUGGAAAAGAAAAGUUUCCUGUUCGGGUAGUUACAUCAGUGACCUGUGUUCAACUACCCCCAACUUUCCAUUAUAUAGUUCAAAAUAUUUAUUUAAACAAGUUCAAGCAGACAAUUCUUCAGGGCUGUGAUUGUGGAGAUGCAUGUGUGAACAGUGAGAAAUGUCCUUGUAUUGCUAAGAAUGGUGGGAGAAUGCCAUAUGACAGUAAAAGAACACUUGUUUCUCCUAUGGAUUCAUCGCUUAUAUAUGAGUGUGGUCCUUCUUGCAAGUGCUUCUCAUCUUGCACCAACCGAGUAACUCAGCAUGGUAUUCAGUUUCAACUAGAAAUCUUCAUGACAGAAUUGAAAGGUUGGGGUGUUAGAACUCGCUCUUAUAUUCCAUCUGGAAGCUUUGUAUGCGAGUACAUUGGAGAAGUCAGCAAGGAUAAAGAAGCUGGGUCCAGGCUAGGUUUUAGUGACUAUAUAUUUGACAUGGGUGUUGGCAAGGACUUCAUUGAUGGAACAAAAUCUGGAAAUAUUGGAAGAUUUAUAAAUCAUAGCUGUUCUCCAAAUCUCCAUGCCAAAAAUAUUGUGUAUAAUCACAAUGACAAGAAUCUCCCUCACAAAAUGUUGUUUGCUGUUAAGGACAUUCCUGCUGGUAGAGAGCUGAGUUAUGAUUAUAGGUCCUCCAAGAGAAAUUAUUUCAGGGUUCGGAAUAUUACUUGUUACUGUAGAUCACAGAAUUGCAAUAGUCUGAUCCACUUUUGAAGGAAAACAAAAUUACAAGAGUUGACUGAAGAAAUUGGGAUCUCAUAAUUGAAGUGUAGCAAACUUGUAUUGUAAUAUUUUCACACUUACCUGUUGUGACCUAUACUAGGAUUGAUAUUGGUUGAAUAAUAUUUUGAGAGGACCUUUUAUUAUGAUUAAUUUAAACCUCGUGGAAUAUUUUGUGGCAAGAUAUGUCCACAUAGAUAUGUGUUAAAAGUUUUUUUUUUCUUUU